AUGCGAGGUGUAACACUCUCAUUCAGCAGUAUUCAGAAUCUUGAACAGCAAAUGUGUGAUCUUUCUAGAGAACAACAUCCUACCAGAAAAAGAGGGCUUCCUAGUGAUACUAUUCUAAACCCGAAGAAUGGCGGGGGAGUGGAAUGUACUUUUGCUAUUAGCAUGAAGAGUGGUAAAAUACUUCAAGGUGCUGACAAGAAGGUGGUUGAUCUAGAGCCGAUUAUUGAGGAAGAAGAGGUGCAUUCUGAUGUGCCUAUUAUUGGUGAGGAAGUUCGUGGUGAAGAAAAAGUUACUGAUAUUCCAGAAGUUGCUACUGAUACAGGGAAACACAUGAUAAAAGGGGCUCUUCGCCCUUUGACUCAGAUGUACAAAGCAAAGCCUCCCUUUCCUCAGAGGUUGGCAAAGAAGAAUGAUGACGCUAAGUGUCAGAAGUUCUAUGAUCAAUUGAAGCAGUUAACAGUAAAUUUGUCAUUCUUAGAUGUUGUCAAAAAGAUGUCCGGAUUUGCUAAGUUUAAGAAGGGAGACCCAGGGGCAUUCACUAUUCCGUGCAAUAUUAGGCUUCAUGCAUUCGCCCGUGCUUUGUGUGAUACUGGGGCAAGUAUUAACUUGAUGCCCCUUGUUAUUUUCAAACAAUCUGGAUUGGGGACUCCCAGACCGACUUCUAUGCGAUUACAGAUGGCAGACAAAUCUAUCAAGAAACCAAUUGGGGUUAUAGAUGACGUGUUGGUGCAAGUGGGUAAGUUCAUGUUUCCUGUUGAUUUCGUGAUUCUGGAUUGUGCGGUGGAUAGAGAUAUUCCCAUUAUCUUAGGAAGACCGUUCCUUGCUACCGGAAGAGCGCUUAUGGACUCUGAAAAGAAUGAAAUAAAGUUCCGAGUGAAUGACGAAGAAGUGACUUUCCAAGCAAGCAAGGGGAUGAAGUUGCCAAAGCGCUUAUGA